CCGACUUCAUAUAAUACUCUGCUUGCUUCCAUUGGAGUAUCAAUUUUAUCUACUGACGCAGUGAAUUUCAGGUACGUCUCGCUGUUAUUUCGAUAAUUAUUUGAAGUUGGAACUCCAUAUCCCUUAUCAACUUCGCGAUCGCAAGCAAGGGCCUCCACACCACGGCGGGACCCUUGUUUGUAAGAUUGACCCCUUAUGCAUGGUUGCCGCAACAUGACCUAAAUAAACGACUCACCUAGGCUAUGACAACUUUAUAGGGUUCGUAUACAAGGCCAUAAUAGCUAAUUUUUUCAAUAUUUACUGUAGAACUGACAAAAUUCAAGAUGGUUUCCAAAGUAUUGGUAAUGGUAACUUUGAUACUUUUGAUUUUCGCAAUUUGCGACGUCAUGGUGUCAGCUUUAUUUACAUGUAG